AGAAAUAUCAAUUUAGCUUUGCAUCUGUUUCCCACAACCAAAACAAAAGUCCGUCAUUAUCUCUAAAAGAAGAAGAAAUUACUCUCACCUUUUUUCCGUUAUAAGUCGAUUUUCAGACACUGAAAGGUGAACACAAUUGCUAAGCAAGAUUUAAGUGGAAGUUACAACGAUAUUAAAGUUUAUGCCGGCACUGAGGCAAGCCUUAAAAAGAUGUAAGGCAAAGUGAUUGACGCUGCCUAGUGUCUAGCAUACACGGCACUUUACCUCACACCGUCUUGGAAAGUGUCCGUUUCUAUAGCCAAUCUGUGCAUCAUGUCGUGCCUUGAGUGUCCGUGUGCGUGUUCCCGCAUAGCCAGUCUGGCUGUGUCCCCGGAGGUGUGCGUAGAGCGUGUCGGUCACACUGACACCGCGUAUCAACCGCUAAGCCGCCUAAAGUCCGAAAGCUUUGCCUUGGAGCUGCGUUCUCCAAGUAUGGUGUCGUUUGAGGCAUCAUCAGACAACUAUGAGAUCUGGAGUCACUUGGGGUCUGUGUGUGGGGGCAUGGGGGCGGUGUGGGUUGCCAAGCACAAACCUACCAAAAAAUAUGUUGCCAUAAAGAUAUAUGAGCUUGACAAAUGUGGAGAUGAACUGGAGCUUAUACAGCACGAAAUUAGAACAGUGAAGCAGUUACGACAUCCAAACAUAAUCCAAUACAUGACAUCAUUCACAGCUGCUCAACAGCUAUGGAUAAUAAUGCCCUUCCUCGGCUACACCUCUGCUGCUCGUCUCGUAGCCACUCAUUUCUCUGAGGGUCUCCCAGAGCCUGCACUUGCUCUAAUAGUCAGGGAGGUACUGCAAGGUCUCAGCUAUUUGCAUUCAAAGAAUAUCAUCCACAGAGCUGUACGAGGAAGCCACAUUUUGAUUGACAGUAACGGUCGUGUUAUACUCACUGGUCUGCGUCACAGCGUCACUGUGGGAGAUAACAUGAGAUGGCAGAAGACAGUGCAUUGCUAUCCUCCCCAGGCACGCUAUAAUUUGAACUGGUCAAGUCCCGAGCUGCUUGAACAGGAUCUAUAUGGAUACAAUGAAAGAAGUGACAUAUACAGCGUUGGCAUUGUAGUGUGUGAAUUAGGGAAUGGAGAGGUGCCCUAUCGUGGAAUACCCUCAACACUCAUGUUGUUGGAGAAGUUGGAGGAUCGCGUUCCCUUCCUAUAUGAUGCCUCGACAGUGCCACAGAUUGCGGAGAAUGGCCAAGGUUGGGGAAUGGCCACAGACUCAGGUGUUGGAGGGAGUGUGGGAGACAACCUAACCAGCUUGGCCAUCACGCAGCGUCUUUUCUCUCCUGCGGCUCAUGACCUGGUAGCUCUGGCUUUGACUAGAUGCCCUGACCAGAGGCCUAACGCAGAUGAACUCUUGCACCACCAGUUCGUUAGGUACACGAGAAAACUUAAUGGAACUCUUCCACAGUAUCUCCAUCCAGUAGUGCCAAUCACCCAGCAGACAGAAAUAGGUGAUUCUGUUCCAGAUCUUCUUGAAGAAAGUUUAGACCAGAUAAGCUUGAACGAUGAAGUAACCUGGGACUUUUAAAUUCACAAAAUAUGCCUUAUUGUAUAUUUAGUCAAAUUAUCAAAUUGUUCCAUUUUAAAUAAAACAUAUAAUUUUCCUUAUAUAUAUAUAUAUUGCCUUUUUUUUCUUUUAUUAUUAUUUUUUUUGUGUGUAUGUACAAGUAAAAUACCAAUGAAAUGUUAUAUUGUCUCUCUUCCUCUUUAGGUUGACAGUUAUUAAAGAAAUUGUUAUAUUUUAGCAUGUAAAUGCAGUAAGCUUUCACUUACCUGCUUCUCUAUACUGUAGCUAUUUACUGUAUAGCUAAUGAUAUGUACUUGUAUGUACAAAUUAGAUUUUAAAAGAAUGUGGCUUACAUUUAAAAAAAUGUAUUUUAGGCAUUGUGUAUGAAAAAAGAAAAAUAUAUUAAGAAUAUUCCUCUUGAUUAAAAGGGAUCCACAAACAUGUA